AUGAGUCCAACAUUCGUGGUCGCUCACUGCGAUUUGGUGUCCGAUCUCUUGCAACAGCUACUUGAAGGCAAUUCAGAUACCCAUCUUAUUGUCUGUGCAACCAGAGACGAAUUCCUGGUGCAACUCACAGCAGCCAUUCGCUCACUACGCGCUGAUCCAGACACUGCUGCGAGACAUGACCUGCUUACCAAAACCAUCGGGCUGCUUGCCAGAUCCAGCAAAAUACGACUAGCAUUCUGCGCAAGUUUAGAAAGUCUGCGGGCAUACCUUGCUGUUUUCGGUCCUACUGUUGGUGUGACUACCGAGGGCGGAGCGCUUGCUCAUGACCGAAAACUCCUUGCUGUCCUUGAUAUGAUGGCUUUGCAUGCUACGACUUCGGAAUUCUCGGCACAGGGACUUUCAAGAACACUUGCUUCUGUCGUUGAGGCGUCCUCCAGGGCGGGAAUGGAUCUCCGACUUUAUGAAUGCAUGGAUGCCCUGGACCCUUCAAGUGGUGUUAAGGGAAGGAAGCUAUGGGAUGUGAACGUUCCCUUACUGAACGGAUCAGUCCAAAUUCGAUUGGACCAAAACAGCUGGGAUGGACGAGGCGUCACCGUGAAACGGGUCGCUGAACGGUGGUUUGAAUUUGACUAG